AUUAAUUUUUCUUUUAAUCUGUAUAAACGCUGCUGUGGAUGGAGAUUCACGCAACCUUCCGAUAGCAGAAAUAAAAAGCAGGUUCUUCCCUUGUUAACCUCCGGCGACAUCUAUCAUUUUGAUUGGUGGAAUCUUUUUUGAUCACUUGAUUGCUGCGAAACAGAGAAAGGGUCGGCGAUGGGUAACACGGGGAGUAGCGGAGGAGGAGGAGGAGGCGCAGGUCGACGAAGAAACCAUGGCCAUCACCAUCAGCACCACGGCCCUUCUAUGAUUCCACCGCCUGCCCCGCAGCAACAGCCGCCGACGCCGCCUCCGGAGGUCUCGGCUGGUAAUCGUUAUGUGUUUGCUGCGGCGACGCCUUACCCUCAAUACCCCAACCCUAAUGCUCCGCAGUAUUAUCCGUACGUCGGUUCUUACCCGCCACCGCCGCCGAUGCCAGCUCAGAUGCCUCCGCCGUUCGAUCACUACCCGCGUGGUGGCGGGGAUCAUCCUGCUUAUCAUCCGGGCUGGGCUACUGCGCCGAGGUAUCCGUAUUGCUCCGCACCGCCGCCCCCGCCUACUCCUUUCGCGGAGCAUCAGAAAGCGAUCACAAUAAGGAAUGAUGUGAAUCUCAAGAAGGAAACUCUGAGGAUUGUGCCGGAUGACGAGAAUCCUGGAAAAUACCUUGUUGCUUUCACCUUUGAUGCCACUGUUUCAGGAAGCAUUUCAGUUUUCUUCUUCGCCAAAGAAGGUCUUGACUGUAACUUGAUACCAACAAAGGAUGGCUUGCUUGCUCCAGUAACUGUUUCAUUUACGGAUGGCCUUGGCCAGAAGUUUAAUCAGUCAUCUGGUACUGGAAUUGACCUUUCCAUGUUUGAUGAAGCCGAAUUGAUAAAGGAGGGAGAAACAGAUGUUUUCCCCUUAGUAAUCAAAGCAGAAGCGUGCCCUGUUGAUAAACAAGGAUUGGAAGGAAGUCAUCGUACAGUUACUCCAAACUCUCAGAUAACUCAGGCCGUGUUUGAAAAGAAGGAGAAUGGUGAAUAUCAGGUUCGGGUGGUGAAGCAGAUCUUGUGGGUGGAUGGAACCAGGUAUGAGCUGCAAGAGAUUUAUGGAAUAGGAAAUUCUGUUGAUGGUGACUUUGAUGGGAAUGAUCCUGGCAAAGAAUGUGUGAUUUGUCUCUCAGAACCAAGGGACACUACUGUCCUCCCCUGCAGGCAUAUGUGCAUGUGCAGCGGAUGUGCCAAGGUUCUUCGUUACCAGACCAAUCGAUGCCCCAUUUGCCGGCAGCAGGUCGAGCGGCUGUUGGAAAUAAAGGUUAGCAACCGGAGCGAGGACGAGCAGAACUCGAGGGCAGAAAGAAGUGAUCAGCAGUCACAUGAGACUUGAUGCUGAAAGUUUAGCCUUUAUCUGGGUGAAAUCUACUUAAAAUAAUCCACUCAGUGGUGAAAUAUGUAAAUUUGUCUAUUUCAGUUCUCAAGGGUGAUGCUUGUUUGUAAGAAAUUUGUUUCCGAUUAAUAGAAUGCUUGGUUUGUUUGA